AUGCAUCUGAAAUGUGAAAGUGACGAUCCGCUGGGCAUGAUCUCCGGUGCCAUUGCAGACUGGCAGAUCACAGCCUCGUCUACAUACCCGGCAACCUGGCAACAGGGCUGUUCGGAGGGCAACGCUCGACUCUACCGCCCCAAUGGCUUGGCCUGGUGCGCCAAGUUCAAGUCCUCCUCGGAAUGGUUGCAGAUCGACUUGGGCGUCAAGGCAAUUGUAAGUGGAUAG